CCUAGUUACACGCACUUUGUUGUGACCACCUUUGCAAGUACGUAAAUUCUGUGUUUAGGAGGAAAAUAUUAUAUACACCAUGGCUGAAAAUCAUCUUACUCAAGGAGACGACGUUGCUCAGCAAGAAAAUAAUGGCUUUGGACCACUUUUCAAACGUCGUGGGAAAAUUGCUACAUUCACUUCCGUAAUCGCGGUUUUGAUUAUUAGCGCCAUGCUAUUCUUCACGGUCAAAGGGAAAGAGAAAAAGCUCCCUUCCCUGGAGUUUACAAUAGCCCUGCAAACCUUGAGUGUCGUUCUCGGAGAAAUGAUACGAAGAUUGAUCCUGGUGUCUGAGGAGUUCAAACACAUAAGUACGCGAUAUCAAGGAAACUGGAAGAGAAUUUUUAAGGCAACUUUCACUAUCGAUUUUUGCAUGCGUAGUUUACUCGCUGCUAUCAUUUCCACUUUCAUAGUAUGCUGCCAUCAGUUGUAUGAAGGAUACGAAAUAUUGUCUCGCCCAGAUCUCGUCAUUUUGUUUUUCCUGAACUCUCUCCUGGUUGGUCAGUUGUCGUACCUUGUGGGCCUUCGACAGCUCUCUCCUGUAGAAACAUCGGAUUUGAUUGAAAAGGAAAACAAGAAUGUAGCCGAUGGGCUGGCUUGGGGCUACUACUUUGGUUAUCUGAAGCUGGUGCUACCAAAACUGAAAGAUCAGAUUGGCAAAUCAGAGCUUUUUCGUUAUGAAAUAACAAAGAAAAAGCUUUUCAUUUUACUGCCCAAAACGUGCUACACCUUUGCUGACAUCGUUGACGCAGAUUCAAGGGUAACUUGGGUUGGCAAACUCCCAGAGCUUAAAAUUAAUAGGGGUGGAAUUAAGGAAAGAAUUUACAAGCAUGCAGUAUAUAAGAUAGAGAUGCCCCGCCCUGAUGGAACGGUAGAAAGGUACCACUUUAUCUUGGAGUAUGCCACGCCUCUGAUGAACCUUUAUGAUAUGUCUGCGUAUGCAGACGCCCCCUUUAAUGGUGAGGAGAGGGAUCAUCAGGUGGUGUUAUUCAUCCAAAAAUUGAGGGAAAUUCUGAAGAACUCCGAAGAGUGCAGAGGGACUUAUGAAUUGGUGCCAAUUUCAGGACGUAAUCCAAAUGAGAUUUCAAAUGUCCUGAUUGAGAUGCACAAUGCUGCCAACAUCGAGAUGCGCAAUCCAGAAGCUAAUGGAGUGCACAGACCACAGCAAGAACAGCUCUAAACAAAAUAAUGCUGACACGGUGUAGCAAGAAACUCUGUAAUGUUGUACACAUAAGUUCCUGAUAUUUUACAGGACCUGCAAUAUAGUAAAUGAAAUAUUCCUUUUUUGAUGCAUUUAGGAAUGAGGAGCCUUUGAAGGGGCAGAGAUGUUGAUUACAAAUUUUAUCUAAAUCUUGUGGCUUAUACUUUUAUUUCACCCAUAAUAGAUACCACUUGAUGUUGGUUAAGGACACUAACAUUGUUUUUUAGAGAGGUUAGCAAAGGGAUAGUCCUCAUUUUGGAGAUUUAUGCUGAUUGUGUUCUAAAAACAUUGAAAGGCAUAGCCUUUAAUUUGUGUAAGUGGAGAUAGGCUCUAGCCUAAUUUAUUUUACCCUUCCCAAUAGCCUAUAUAGCAGAUUACAUAAUUUGUAGUGAGCCCUUAAUGGGAUAGUAAAGUAAACAUGAACAGAGGUUUAUAAAACAGGCUGAAUAGUUUGGUUUUUCUCAAUUGUCAUUUUUCUUUGCUUUGCUCUGUGAAAUACUUAAAUUGAUGAUUGUUGUGCUCUUAUUCUGUAAACAU